CCUUCAUCUCCUCUCCCCUUUUUUCUGUUUCUCCUUGCUAUACUUGUUUUGCUUUUUUUGAUAGAGCUGUUUCCACUACUAUUAUUCAUUUUUCUACUUUCCAUUUAUAUUUUUCACUCUGCAUUAUUAUUAUCUAUAUUUUCUUUCAAAGUUUAUUUUCCGACACAACCACCAGUACAACACAUACAUAGAUAUAUAGACAAUAUAUACACAUACACAUAGCGUGCCCAAAGAUGGUAUCUGACGCGGUUGUUCUAGACUUUGAGAAUGCAGAGGUGCGCACUUCCGACUACGAGUCUCUAAUGCCCGAAGGCUGGCUAACCGGAGAAAUCAUCAACUUUUACUGGACCUACCUCGAACGACGCGAGUUCACAACCGAGCCCUCCGCAUUAUUCCUAGGCACCUACACAGCCUACCGCAUCUCCAACGCGGAAAACUCACAAGUAACAGAUAAUAUCUCCAAACAACUAUCUCAGGAACUAGGCAGCCACCGACAUUUAAUUCUCAUCCCGCUUAACCACCGAAGCCACUGGUCUCUCUUGAUAUACUGCCGGUUGACUCGCACAUUUUACCAUUACGAUUCGAUAAACAGACAUAAUAGGAAUUUUGCUGAGCGCGCGGCGGGAAGGUUUUUGCGCGUGUUGGAGCCCAAGAUGAAAGACGGGUUUUACUUCAAGUCUAUGCAGACGCCUCAGCAGAAUAACGACCAUGAUUGCGGUAUCUACGUGUUGGCUAUUGCUGAGGAACUGGCCCGCCGUUAUAUUAAUCAUUUGCGCAAGAACAAGAGUCGUGGUAAUCUGGAUAAGCACAGGCACAAUAGGGUGGCAGAGACUGAAAUCCAGAGUAAACACAUGGCUGCCGAGCCCGAAUACUGGAGUAGCAGGGCAGAGCCCAAGGAGACUGUAAGGAGGGAGCAGCUCCAGGACAGGGAGCCUUCAAGGAGGGAGCAAUUCCAGAACAGGGAGGUUGCAAAGAGGGAGAAUUUCCAGGACAAAAACGGCACAGUCAGCGCGUAUGAGCGCCUCAAUGGCGCCCGCAACUUUGGCGGCGAUAUUGCACGCAGCCGCACGGUCUCAGGCUCCACAGCAGCGGCGUAUUCCAUGCAGCGCAACUACCCAAUGGUGGGAUCCACUGUGCGCUCACCGGCAGCCACCAUCGGGGUGUCAUCGGUGGCGCGUGCCCAGACAUCAGCGCCGGGUCGGGCGCUGGCGAGCGACCUUUUGAUGCCCAGGUUUGGUCAAACUUUUUCUGGCUUCCAGAACCCCUUCGAGUCUAUUUACAGAAAACCCGAUGGCGAAACAUAUGCGGCCAUAGAGCCUAUGCUUAAGGGCGGCGGUGUGGAUUAUAAUGGCCAGUAUGCACCAGAUUCGAAAUCUGGCGGCAGCGGCAGCGGUCGCACAAGGGAGGAGAGGCUCAAACUGGAGGUUGAUAUGAUGGAAAAGGCUGGGCUUCCGAGAGACUUUUGGCAAGUAACGGUCGAGGAUAUUGAGUACCCGCAUUUCAUGCGCAAGAGGAUUCGCACUCUGGUGCUUGAUUUGAAGCGACACCAGGCGGGGUACCAGCAGCAGCAGACCAAGUGGGGUUGGUAAAAAAAAGGUAAAGAUAAAAAAAGCGUGCGGAAAGUACUAUUUUUUCUUUUAUAUAAUUUCUUAUUCCCAUCCAAUUCUCAUCUCGUUUUAUUUUAGCGGCCCAGACUGCGCAAAUAUAUUGAUUACAUUUUUUUUAUCUAGAAUUAUUUAUUCACUGGAG